UUUUCAGUUCAGUCAGUUCUGUAAAGAUGGAGGUUGAGAGUGCAGAAGCCGAUGCUAAAAAGCAUUUAGAAAAUGCUUUAUCUGAACAGGAACUUGCUGCUUUGCCGAUUCCAAUUGCAGAAAAAAUUAAUGCAUAUAUUGACCACCAAUUUGAAGAGUAUUUGACAUCUAGAGCAUUACACGAGACCAGCAAAUCCCAGAUCGAAGACAAAAUUGCCACUUCAGAAGCUACAAUUCUGGAAUUAACAGCAAAAUAUGAUGAUGCUGCACAGAAACUAUUAGCUGCUGAUGAAUCAAUAACAGAUUUGAGUAAACAAGUGGAAACACUCAAUGCUGACUUAGAGAAAGCUCGUGAUAAAAUAGGCCGAUUGGAAAAUGAAAUUAUAUCACUUAAAAGCUCACGAGAUGCUGCUAUUGACGAAAGAAAUGACCUGACACGCAUUUUACAACGGCGCGAUGCUGAAAUUGAGAGACUAACUGCAAAUGAAACUUCAAUUUCACAACAGUUGCGUUCGGCUAUUGAUGCAAAAUGUGAGGCAUUAGCCCUUAAUGAUGAAAUUCAAAGUAAAGAACUGUCUCUUCAAUACAGAGAGAAGAGAAUUGAACAAGAAAGAGUUCUUUUGAAUUCUCAAAUAUCUGGACUUACUGAAGAGGUGAAUAGACUCACUUCUGAACUUCAAACAUCAAGGCUUAACAGUACAAGUAGACUUGUUAAUUUAGAAACUCAGUUAGCAGAAAAGGUCGAGGAGCUUGCUGUGGCUAAAGACACAAUAACACAAUUAAAUGAAGUGAAGAAAAAUCUUAACAAUCGUGCUGAAAGUUUGACACAAAGAUUGAUGGACCAAAGGGAAUUAGAAAACAAAAUCACUGAAAACUACAAAAAAGAAUUAGAUGCCAAAAGUAAAUUGGCAGAUUUGUUCAAAACCAUGAAUGAUGAUGCAGAGGCAAAAACACAAGAACUAACUGAAGGAAUUUCUGAACUACAAAAAAUGUUAAAUGAAGCUACUGAAAAGUAUGGUGAACUUGAAACUAAGUAUAAACAAUCUGAAUUAGAUCAUGAAGACUUGAUGGAAAAGAAAAAUGAAGUUAUUGCUUCUUUGAAGAAUGAACUAGAGCAUGCCAAUGACUUAUUGAAAGCUGCAAAUGCCCAUAAUCUUGACAUGGCUUUAAGUGAUUUAGCUCCAUCUGCUGCCACUGCCAGUAAACUUUUGAAAUCAGGAAUGUCACUAACACAAAUUUAUUCCCAACUGGUCAAAGUCACUGAAGAUUUAGCUCAGGAAAAAGAAGAAAACCGGCGUCUAAACAUUACUAUUAACACUAUUGUUCAGGAAUUAGAAGAAAAAGCACCUAUCUUGCAAAAACAGAAAGCUGAAUAUGAGGAAGCUCUAGAAAGCAACACAGCAUUGACCCAACAAAUUGACUCAUUAGUCAUUGAGUGUAACAGACUUAGGGAUGAUUACAGUGAAUCAUCUAAAAUUGCAAAUCACUACACUAGGGAGAAUUCUAAAUUAAAAGGAGAAUUGGCAGACUUAGGUCGCCAGGUAUGUUUCUUACUGAAAGAAAUUGAACAUAGUCGGGGAGGACUUUUGCCCAAUGGUGAUCAUGAUUCAUCACAUACUGCUUCAAACACAACAAAUUCAUCAGAACUAAGCUCAUCACGAAUAAUAUCUAAAACUCUUGUAACCUUCAGUGAUAUUCAAGAACUGCAAGCAAACAAUCAGAAAUUAUUGAGAAUGGUUCGUGAAUUAACAGAUAAACAAGAAGAAUUUGAACGUCAUAAAGAUCAAUUUGAAAGUGGAGAAAUGCAAAGUAAAAUUGAGGCUUUAAAGGCUAGAGUAACUGAAUUGACUGAAGCCCAAGAAAGACAAACUAAAAUGGUUAAUGGACUUAUAAGGCAGCGGGACAUGUUCAAAAAACUGUAUCACGAUCUCAUGAAAGGAAAACGACAUGAGUCUAUCUCUGGUUUGGAUACUUCAGAUUUAGAAAAAGGAGAUUCAUGUGCUAUGGACAUAUCUUCUGAGAAGCUUAAUAAAUCUGCAACAGUUGAAAGUAAUAUCGAAAUCAAGUAUAAGGAGACUGAAAAACAGUUAGAGCUUCUUAAAGAAGAAUUUAAAACAUAUAAAGAGGAAAAAGUAACAAAUGAAAGAAUGUUAUUUGAACAAAUUGAUAAUAUGAGACAGGAGAUAGGGAAACUUACUGCAGCAAAUAGUAAGUGUGCAUCUACUUCUGAAUAUAAUAAUGAAAGACUUAAGAUCUUGCAAACAAACAUUGCCACAUAUAAGAAACAAAUAUCGUCUCUAGAAGAAAAAAAUAAAGCUUAUAAUGCUACAAUUGCCAAACAUGAAGUUUCUUUACAACACUUACGUGACGAAGCACUGAAUGCACAAAGUAAAUUAGCAGCAGCAGAAAUACAGGUAGAAAAUUUGAGACUGGAAUGUAAACUGCUAAAGGAUGCCGAAGCCCGUUUACAAACUGAGAAAGACAUUUUAAAUAGAGAAAGACAAGGGCAGUCUAUGUUAUUGAAAAAUCUGGAGUUGAUAAAGGCAAGCUUAGAACGCGUUGAAGCUGAAAAUCGUUCUAAGCUAGAAACUAGACUGGAUGAAGCGACUAGAGAAUGCUCAGCCCUAAGAAGAAGAUUACAGGAGGAACAAGAUCGUUUUAGAGAAUUAGCAGCACAUCUUGAACGCCAGACUGAUACUGCUAAAACACGUAUGCAAGAGGAAAAGGAUGCAGCAGACGUCAUGAGAAAAGAAAUACAACAAUUACAUGAAGAUCUUUCUGAAAAAAAUAAAUCAAGUGAAGAACUUGCCAGAAGAUUAAAGACUGCAUUAGCGCCUAGUACUGAUGGGGCAUUUGAAACCAUAAAGAGAAUAAGAGAACUCGAAAAUAAAUUAUCUGAUAGAGAAAGUGGAUUAAAAUCUUUACAAGAACAAUUGACGAUUGCUAAAGAACAUAUAAAACAAUAUUGUGACAUAUCAGAAUCAUCAGAAAAAGAAUUGAAAAAUCUUCACAGCGAAUAUGAAUCAUACAAGUCUGAAACAGAAGCAAAAUUGGCUGAUUAUACUCAAAAACUUCAAAAGAUGGAAGAUAAAUGUUCAGAAUUAGAGGCUGAACUAUCUCUUCAUGCAAAUGGUGAACAUUCCAAUAGCAACAGCAUUUUGAGAACCGAAUUAUCAAAUGUAAAGGAAGAACUAAAGAAUGCAUUCAAUAACUUUGAGAACUGUCGAACAGAACUUGAAUCAGCUCGUGGAGAAAUCACUAAAUUGUCGGAAGCAGUUCAAAAUGCUGAAGAAAAGUAUACGCACGAAAUGAUUUUACAUUCCAGUGAUAUUCAAGUUCUUUCACAAGUAAAAGAAGAGUUAUCUCGAGUACAGAAUCAAAUAAAUGAAUUGGUUGCUCAAAAGAACAGUGCUUUCGAAAAACUAGAAACUGAAAAGACAGCUUGGGAAGAAAGACAGAAAAUCCUUAUAAGUGAAAAUGAUCAACUAGCUCAACGCUUGAAAGAUCUAAAUGAUCAAAAUACCUUAUUGCAUGAUCAAAUUCAAGCUUUAGGUACACAGUUAUCAGUUUCACAUGCUUCUAGAUCAUAUUCUGAAAGUAUGAGUGAGUCUGCCAAUGAUUCAUUAAAUGUGUCUAUGAGUGAAGAAGAUGGAAAAUCUUCUGAACAGUUAUUCCAAAUAGUCAAAUUUUUAAGAAAAGAAAAAGAUAUUGCUAUGGCUAAAUUUGACAUUCUACAGGCUGAAACAAUGAGACUUAAAUCACAACUAGAAAUAACAGAAAAACAACUUGACGAUGCAAAGUUAGUUUUGGCUGCAGAAAGGGAAAGAUCUGAAGUUACAAUGGUAACUGUUAAUAAACAAUCCGAUAUUUUAAGAAAAGUUGAAACUCUAAAUGCUCUUACUGACAGCAAUAGAAUUUUGAGAGAAGAACGUGAUAACCUCUCAACUCGUGUUGAAGAACUCACAACUUUAGUAAAAUCUCUUGAAGAUAAACUCUCUCCUUUACAAGAAAAGAUAUCAGAUGUAACAUCUAAAAAUGAAACUUUGGUUUCUGAAAACACAGCACUCAAGGCAGAUUGUGCUAGAUGGAGAGCUAGAGUAAAUGCUUUGAUCGAAAGAGCAAAUAAAACUAGCCCGGAAGAUUGGAAGAGACUUCAAAAUGAGCGUGAAACUUUGGCCAAGAUGUUAACCAAUGAAAAGGAAACUGUAAGAAAACUCAGUGAAGAACUGGGCACUGUGAAAGUAGAGAAAACGAAAAUAGAAGAGCAGUACACAUUAAUAUCCAGACAACAAAACCAGCUGGUGGAAGAAAACAAGAAGCUAAAUGAAGAACUACAGGUACUUAAGGAUGAUUUGUCGCGACUUACUGAAGAAUUAACUAAAUUAAAGGCUGAAGUUUUGUCUGCUAAUGAAUCCAACAUCAAAUUAUCUGAUGAGUUGUCCACUAAAGAUGCUUCUUUAACAGAUAUAAGAAAUAAAGAAAUGCAAAUUAGAAAGAUUGCUAAGAAGUAUAAGGCUCAAUAUGAAGAACUUGUAAAAACAACUGAAGAAGAUAAGAAGAAAUCUGAAGGAGAAGUAGCUGCCGCUGGCUCUGCAAUGGCAGAAAGUACUAAACGCCUGGAAGAUCAGCUGAGUGAGCUUCAAUCUCAAUUGGAAACUGAAAGAGCUAGUAAUGAACAGCUGAAACAAGAAUUGGAAGCAUUAAGAACUGCUAAUUUAGAUAAAGAAGAUAAAGCUAAACAAGUGUUGAAACAUGCGAAAAGUAAAAUAGUUCAGCUAACUGAAUUAAAAAAUUCUCUAAGUCGAGAGUUGGAUGAAUCACGUAACCUCGCUCAGAGCACUCGUGACGAGCAAGACGUUCGCUUGGCCCUUAUCAAGUCACAGUAUGAGGGCCGUUUAUCUCGACUCGAAAAAGAGCGAGGCGAAGCACAAGCCGAAAAAGCUAGAGAAGUAGAGGCAUUGAUGCAAAAAGUAAACAUGCUGCAAAGACAAUUAGCUAACCAGUCUUCAGGGUCAAAGCAACAAACUACGACGGAAAAGACCACUACGGAUCCGCCCACCGCUAACAUCAAACCUAUGGCUGGCGUGGCGCAGCCGAGCGCGCACUCGUCGCGGCGCGGAGGCGAGACGCCGCUGGCGUCCAUCCGGCCGAUGGCGCAGGUGGGCCCCACCGCCCCGCACGACGCCCACAGCACCGAGUACAUGCCCGCCUCCUCCUCCCGCCCUCUGCCCCGCGCCGCCCUCGCCGCCUCCACCGCGCCUCCAGAGUCCACGCAGGAUAUGGACACCAGCGAAGCUGGUAUGGGCAGUUCCGGAUCUAGCGAAAGUAAUGCUCAACCUUCAACACAUUCCCAGGCUCCACAACAGGCCGUAGCGCUAGUGAUGCCGCGCAUCGAGCAAGCGAGCGGCGCGGCGACCGGCGCGGGCGGCGUGUCGGCGAGUUCGCUCGCGCCCAGCGUCGCCUCGCCACAGCCGCCGCCCGCUCCUAUCACAGGGACAACAAGCGGCGCACAGAGCACAGCGAGUUGCGCAGGCGCAUCAACAGGCGUGAGCACGUCGCACGCGCCCGCCGGCGUCAGCACGUCCGCGCCGGCCGGCGUCAGCACGUCUGCGCACGCGCCGCCCGAACAGCGCCCCGCCAAACGGCGCUUGGCCGCACGACCGCUCACCGCUAAGAGGACGAGAGUGCAGGGCUUUGAGAGAUCUGUGGAAGUGGAGUACCAAGUGCCGACGUCGUCGCGCUGCGAGGACGACGAGGGCGUCAUCGUGGUCGACUCUGAAGAGGACGACGAGAGGUGCACCGGCACUAUGUACAGGGAAGGUGAGGAAGACGAAGAAGAUAUGGAGGAAGAACAGGAAGUGGAAGGAGGCGAAGAGGAGGAGGAGCCUGAGGGUGACGACGGAGAAAGUGCUGCGCGACAGGAAUCACCGGCGCAGUCGCCGUCGGGCGGUGAGGAGGGUGAGGAGGUCGGGGAGGAGGCGGAAGAGGGAGAGGAGGGCGGCGCGCCCGAGCCGGACAGCGAGCCCGCGCCCGCGCGUCCGCAGAUCGAGGCCAUCAGCAGCGGCACCGAGCCAAGCGGGACACUGUCAUUGGGUGGUAACGGUGGUGAUGACGGAGACGACAGCAUAGUUCCUUCUACUCCCACUUUAUAUGUUCCGAGGCGCAACGACGGGUUCGGUGAGGCGGUGGUAUCGCCGCUGGGCGCUGGCCUGGGCCCUAGCGCAGCGACGUCGGCGCACGCGGCGCGGUUCACGUUCGCGGAGGCGGGCGGCGGCGCACACCAUGACACUCACGCCGACCUCGCGCCCGCGCUGCCGCCCGCGCAGCUACCCAAGCCCACCACUGACUCGCAGCGCGCUGAAGGUGCGGAAUCUAGGGAUUGGGAAGAAUCUCGGGGCGAGGAAGAGACCACUGCAGUCAGCUCUCAAGGAAGCGAACCAUCUUCGCCGCACCAGCCUUGCGAGGAAGGCCGCGAGGCAGAAGCUAGCGCGGUGAGCGCGCACACGCGGCGCGCGGGCGCCGCCGCGCACUCGCCGCACUCACCGCACUCGCCGCACCAGCCGCCCGCCGCACCCGCGCCCGCGCCCGCGCCCGCCUCCGCGCCCACGCACUCCAACCAGCGCUGGAUGCGGGCAGAUAGCGAAAGUGGAAAUCGAGGACGCGGUAUGAGAUCACGAGGUCGGCCCCCACGACGAUCCCACAAUUAUCAUAGGUUUUAAAAUAUAAUAUCGCCAUACAUUAAAUACAUUUUUUCUAUAUUAAUAAAUAUUAAAUGUAUUGUUCACUUACGCGUCGAAAACGCCGUAGAUUUACUAUUUCUCAAGUUCAUGUGGACAUUUUAUAAUUUACUCACAUUUUUGAAAUUUUGUUCAAUUUGUAAUUUUAAGUUUAAUCAGGACUAGUACCGUAACUACUUAAAUAAGGAUGCCACGCGAAUUUUGUCUAAUUUUGUGAUUUAUAAAAUACAAUUUAUCUGAAGUAUUUCCAUAUAUAAGACUUAAUAUUGGUGUGUAAUUAUUUUUUGGGUAAUAUUAGUUAAUAAAAACUUGAAAAAUA